CUUCUCGCCUUGAUCACAUCUCCCAAGGCGACAAGAACUUCGUCCGAUUCAAUCCCGGUGAACGCUGUUCUUCGCGAGUCAAACCUUCUUGCCCUUCUGCAAUCUCCAUCGACAGAGCGAUCUCACAAGUUUUCGACCCAGAUGGCGAGAAAUGGCCUCGUCCCCGGUCCGAGCGCCUUCAACAAUCUGCUGAGCUCUCUCCUUCGGUCGGGCUCGUUGGACGAGGCGUGGCGUCUGUUCAGUGAUUCCGGGGGCAAAGUUGGAAUCAUCGACGAGCGGAGUCUCGGGAUCAUGGUGAAGGGCUGUUGCGAAGCGGGUCGCUUGGACCGAGGUUUCGAGGUUUUCGCUCGGUUGAAGGAGAUGAAUUGGUCCCCGGUGGCCUACGUGUUCACGGCUUUGAUCGAUGGCUGCUGCAAACGCGGCGACGUAGAAAGGGCUGGAGGAUUGUUCUCUGAGAUGAGCAGGUUGGGUUUAGUUGCCAAGCGCAACACCUACAGAGUGUUGCUUGAUGGGUAUUUGAGGAAAGGCAUGAAGGGAGAUGGUUUCGAGUUGUACCGGAAGAUGAAGCUCAGUGGGGUUGUUCCGACCGUACAAACUUGCAACCUCAUGAUGAACGUGCUUUGUAAGGGAGGUGAUGUGAACGGAGCCUUUGAAGUGUUCGAUGAAAUGCGCGAGCGAGGGAUUGCAUAUGGUGUUGUCACAUUCAACAUUCUCAUUAGGGGACUGUGUCGCGACUCGAGAGUUUGCGAAGCCGAGAGGUUGGUGGACUUGAUGAAAAGGAGCGGGAUUAAUCCGGACGUGAUUACAUAUAACACCCUUAUACAUGGAUUCUGUAUCUGUGGAAAGUUGGACAAAGCUUUCAGCUUAUUUGAUCAAUUGAAGUCAAAUGGUCACUCCCCAUCCUUGGUUACAUACAACACUUUACUCGCGGGAUUUGCUAGAGCCAAGAAUUUGCCUGCAGUGACUGAUUUGGUGAAGGAGAUGGAGGAAAGAGGCAUCUCUCCUUCGAAAGUGACCUAUACUAUCCUGAUAGAUGCCUUCACACGGUCAGACGACAUGCAGAAAGCAUCGGACGUCUAUUCAUCCAUGCAGAAGGCAGGAUUCGUUCCUGAUGCGCACACAUACGGUGUUUUAGUACACGGGUUCUGCACGAAAGGUAAUAUGAAGGAAGCAUCGAAGUUGUUCAAGUCGAUGCGUGAUGGACACGUAGAGCCUAACGACGUGAUAUACAACAUGAUGAUCCACGGAUACUGCAAAGAGGGCAGCUCGUAUAGGGCCCUGAGUUUGCUUACGGAAAUGGGCGAGAAAGGAAUGGUUCCCAACUUCGGCAGCUACAGUCGAACCAUUGAGGUUCUUUGCAAGGAUUGCAAGUGCGAAGAGGCAGAGGAUUUGCUGAAUGCCAUGGUGAAGUCAGGUUUGACACCGCCUGUUUCUCUUCAUGAUGUGAUUUCAAGGGCAAAGAGUGGCACAGAUUAGGGUGGCAAUACUGGGCUCAUGAUGGAGCUCUUUAUGGAAAGUCAAUUUGGAUGGACUAAUCAAAUGGCAUAGUCCAAAGAGUUUCGGCAGCGAUUGGCCGGCGCCAACGGGCAAGUAUCGGCCUCUGCAUCUGUUAAAUUUUACCUUGCAUCUUGGUGAGUUUUCGCUGAUCAUGUGUUCACCAGCGCAUGGUUGGGUAUCCAGUUGUGCAUAAUUUUGGUAAUGCCCAGACUUUGCAGUUAUGCAGAACAUUUUAGAUUUAAGGAUUGAUUAUGACAGUUUUGUCGUGA